AUGAUUGUCGAACGCAAGGUCAAGAUUGUGACGGAGCAGCACAACAUCGACAAGCCCCCCGUCAACGAGGGGUUUCCGAUGAAGGAGUGGACGAUUGAGGUUUAUGUUUUGGACCAGGAGGGGAGGGAGAGGCCGGCGAGGUGCUUUACCAAGGUUGUUUACAACUUGCAUCCGAGUUUUGACAACCCUGUUCAGACCUUCACCGAGCCACCCUUCCGCUGCACCAACGAGGGCUGGGGCGAGUUUGAAAUGUCGAUUGAGCUCUACACGACGGAGAAGGGGGGCAAGCAGACGAUCCUGCACGACCUGAACUUUGCGGCGCCGCAGUACGAGAAUGUGCAUUCCGUCACGUUCAAGAACCCGAGCCAGGCGCUGCAGGCGCUGCUGAGGGAGACGGGCCCGCUGCCGUCGGAUGAGGAGAGGAAGCAGCUCAAGAAGGGCGGGGAGGGGAGCAAGAAGAAGAAGACGUUUGAUGUGGAGAAGAUGGCGGAUGGGCUGGUGAAGCUGAGCGAGGAUGAUUUGCUGCAGGUGAUUCAGCUGAUUCAUGACGGGAAGGACGAGGGGACGUUUAUCCAGAACAAUGUUGACCAGGGGGAGUUUUCGGUGGAUUUGUACACGUUGCCGGAUCCGUUGAUGAAGGUGCUUUGGGAUUACUUGGUGAGUUUUUGCCCUGGGUGGUGUUUGAGAGUAUUGGUUUGGUUUGCUGACAGUUUGAUGGAUAGACCCGCGCCAAUGUCCUCGGGAGGGACUAAGUCGACUCCUGCUGGGUUUCCUCUUGGUCUUUUUUCACUCAACAAACUGCGGUGCAUUUGCAAUGGCGUUCUGGGCGUCUUGGAAGACGGAAAAAGGAGAGAGGAUGAAGCUUGUGGGCUUUGA